CUGAACCUAGGAGCAGCUCAACAACCAGGAAGCUUCACAGCUUCAGCUGCAGUCGCUCCACUCAGACCUGUUUGUUCCGCUGCAGCCAAAGAUCGCCGCUGUCUCGCAGUGGCGUUAUUAAUAUCGCUGUGUUUUAUGGCAUAAUGAGGGCAGCAGCAGAGCUUUAACAAAGUGAGAGGCUGUGACUGAAGAGCAGAAAGCAUCAUGGGGACCCAGGAGAUGACCUCUUCGCUCUGGGACAGAGUUGUUUCGUGCUGCUGUUGCUGCUGUAACUCCUGCAAGAAGGAGCAGGAGGAGAAACCUGACCAGAACAAAACGAUCACAGUUUUGAGGAACCCAAUGACCAGGGGUCCCGAAGAUCCCCCUGAAAACAGACCUUUACCUUCACCUCCAAAGUCGGAGCGCUACAUCGCCCUGUUUGAUUACGCCGCUCGUACCGAGAACGACCUGACCUUUAACACCGGGGACCUCCUGGAGGUCCUGGACACCAGCGCCGGGGAGUGGUGGAUCGCCAGAGCCGUGACCGGGAUCUCAAUCGACAAACGGGGAUACAUCCCGGCCAACUACGUGGCCCCUGUGGAGAGCAUUGAUGCUGAACCAUGGUAUUUCCCAGACACCAAGCGACUGGAUGCAGAGAAGUUGCUGCAGGCUGAAGGGAACCUGGAAGGAGCAUUCCUCGUUAGAAACUCUGAAAGUCUAAAAGGAGAGUACUCCCUCUCAGUUUUGCACCAAGGGAGAGUGAAACAUUACAAGCUCCAGAAACUGGAUAAUGGCCACUACUACGUGUCAAAGACCAAAUCCUUCCCAACGCUGAAGGAAUUGGUGGAGUAUUACUCCAGACAGAGUGAUGGGCUGUGUGUGCUUCUGGGCGAGCCAUGCAGGAAGAUGGAGGCUCCACAGACCUACGGUCUCUCCUACAACACGGUGGAUCAGUGGGAGAUUCCUCGCAACUCUAUCAAACUGAUGGACAAGCUGGGCGCCGGACAGUUUGGAGAAGUCUAUAAGGGGAUGUGGAAUGAAACCACGGAAGUCGCUGUUAAGACCCUCAAACCUGGUACGAUGGACCCUGAAGAUUUCCUGGCAGAGGCUCAGCUCAUGAAGAGACUCCGGCACCCCAAGCUGAUCCAGCUCUAUGCUGUGUGUACCAUGGAGGAGCCCAUCUACAUCAUCACCGAGCUGAUGAAGCACGGCAGCCUGCUGGAGUACCUUCGAAAGGAUAAGGGGAACAAUCUGCGUAUCCAGGACCAAAUUGAAAUGGCAGCCCAGAUUGCGUCUGGCAUGGCUUACCUGGAGCAGCAGAACUACAUCCACAGAGACCUUGCUGCCAGGAACGUCCUGGUGGGAGAGAAUAACAUCUGCAAAGUGGCAGACUUCGGCCUGGCCAGGGUUUUUAUGAAAGAAAGUGAGAGUGUGUAUGAGGCCAGGGACGGGGGCAAGUUUCCUGUGAAGUGGACCGCUCCAGAGGCCAUCCAUAACAACAAGUUCUCCAUCAAAUCAGACGUUUGGUCCUUUGGGAUCUUGCUGUAUGAGAUCAUGACAUUCGGCCAGAUGCCUUACCCAACCAUGACAAACAUUCAGGCGGUCCAGUGGCUUUCUAGAGGCAACAGGCUGGCCUGCCCCCCCAGGUGCCCGAAGCCAAUGCAUCUCCUCAUGAUGGACUGUUGGAACGAGAAGGAACUCGACCGGCCCACGUUUGAGACUCUGCAGUGGCAGCUGGAGGAUUACUUUGACAUGGAUAUGAACUCUUACGAUGAGAGCUACCGCUAUUAGAGCAAAAAAACAAAACUUGUUUGACUUUUAAUGAAGGAUUAAAAAAAGCACGACUAGAAAGACUAAUUCAUAAUCACUCGAUUCAGCAACGAUUCUGUCAAAUCCCUCCUAAUCUGCUCAGUUGAAGGAUUUAAUUACCAAGCAGAGACGCUGCACUUUCGGGUGGCCAGUGUAUCUGUUGAACCUGAUUCACACCUGACUGGGAGAGGCGCCGUUUAGAACGACUAUCCAUCCAUCUCGCUCAUCCGGUCCUGCUGGUUUCAUCCAUUCCUCUCAUUCUGUCCUCCUGCUGAACUGAAGCAGGAGGUCACUUGGGAUAAGCACCUGAAAGCUCUUUGUUUUAAGUCUUUGUUUCAUGAUCUUUUAACAUAUGCUUUAACUUCAACCGAAACGAUAUUUUAUAUUUAAUGUUUGUGUCAGCUAGACGUCAACAUGUUGCUUUCCUGAGAAUCUGAGAAUUGUAGAUUAUUUCCAUCCCUGGCAGCUUUGUUAAAGCUCCCAGUUGUCUGCUUUCACACUGUCUCCCUGCAUCAUAAUGACUCGUCAAACACUCAGGAGUUUCAGACUGGACUCUUCGUCGUGUCGAGUCUCUGGCUGCUCUCAGACCUGUUGGAGGACGGGAUUCCUGGUUUCUUCUCUGAACAAGUAGAUCCUGUUUAACAUCACUGCCUGACACUUUUAACACUAUUCUAACUGUUCUAAAGAAAUUCCUGUUGGUUGUAUAUUCUAACCACUAAAGUGUUUAUAGAAUUUAGCUGAUUUUAACUUAUCCUUAUGCCCAACGUAAUUAAAACAAAUGUUAUUUAUGAUGACGUGGUUGGCUUGUUGGUGUCGAUUUAUCUGAAGUGAUCGUUGAACAAUGGCAUUUAUCAGUCGCUGCAUUCAAAUGUCUCAUAGAAUUGGACCAAUAAUUUGGCCAAAUAUCAGAAUCAAUUUCCAGAAAGCUGGAGAGAAAAUGACUGGGGCACGAAGGGAACUAAAAAAAUGAAUAUGUUUUUUUAAUUACAAUUUUUUAACUCAUUUUCUCACAGACUCUAAUCUGUUCUAUUACAUGGUUAAUAUGUCAGUGGAUUCAGAACCACUGAAUAUUCUGGAGUGACCAGCUGAAGAAUUUUUACUUUUACUUAUUUUGCUUCUGAGACAGUUAUCUUGGGUAACCAUGGCAACAAGACAUUGUUUUUAUAAACGAAAACACCUGAUUAGGUUCUUAAAAGCUCAAAUAAUACCUGAACUAUUAUCCCAAAUCUCAGGAGUUGAACAGGAAGCUGCUGAGAGGCAGAAGUUCAAACCGUCUCAUCCGUCCAUCAUAACGGAUGGAUGGAUCACAUCUCUGGCUCCAACAUCUUUCUUACCAGACAGAUUUAAAGAUGAUCAGAACUGUUAAGAACUGAUGAUGUCAUCCAGGACAUGUUUCUGUGGAAUAUUAUUUCUGCUGCUGGGAAACUGAGCUGUUACCAUGACGGUCACAAGGCUGUAGUACAAUGAUUUUCAGUUAGAGGCUUCCUCAGAUUGGUUGCAACACUGACUAUUAGAAAUCUUUGACGAUGAUUGAAUAUUGUGGUGUUCCAGACAAAGAAAUAAUUGAACCUUUGGAUUAAGAUUGUUAGACACUUUUGGUCUGAUUAUGCUAAUAUGUGUUGGAGGCUGUUUGGUUGUAAAAUCUGAAGAUAAAAGAAAUAUAACAAUUCACCGUUGGCGGCGCUCUUGCUGUGCACAAGAGAGGUGAGCUGAACCUGUGAAGAAGAAGAGGUUUUCCCUGUUCAAAAAUAAAACGUUGCCAUGUGCUUCUUCCAGUUA